AUGAAACGAGCGUUCGGAGGGGCCAUAGACGACGACGAUGGCGUUUUUGGGCGAAAGCGCCAGCGGCCCCCUCUCCCGGGCGUCGCGAAGGCCCAGGACGAUGUCCCGGAGUCGUUUCGCGGCACGGACUUCUCCGCGUGGAGCACUGGCCAGCUGCGCGAGUUCCUGGACCGGAGGGGCUACGACUACGACGACUGUGUGGACCGGCACGACCUCCUGAUGCGGCGGGCGGUGCGGUGCGAGUACGAGUCGGGCCCCGCUGCGGCCCCUGCGCCCGGGACGGCGGCGGCGGAGGACGAGGACAACGGCGAGGACCUCGACGCGUUCAUGGCGGAGAUCAAGCAGGCCGCUACGCGCGACAAGGCCGCUGCGGGACUGAACCAGAGAGCUGGCGGCGACAAGAGCGCUUUAGGCGUGGACGAGGACGACGGGCUGGGGGACUUCCUCGACGCCAGGGAGAAGGGCAAGCUGACGAGCGCGAUCGGGAAGGCAGCUACGCGGCAGGCGCUCGGGAAGCCCCCGCAGGAGCCAGCAGCUGACUCAGGGGUGGAGUACGACGCCAGUGGCAACGUGGUUGCGCGCAAGAGAGACGUCGAGCCGCUGGCGCCCGUCGACCACACGCAGAUCGAGUACCCGGACUUCGAGCGCGGCGGCGGCUACACGGAGCACCCCGAAGUCGCCGCCAUGACGGACGGCGACGUCGGGGCGCUGCGGCGGCGCAUGGAGAUGCGCGUGGCGGGGGAGGAGGUGCCGCGGCCCGUGGCGCGGUUCUCGCAGUGCGGCUUCACGCGGGACAUCAUGGCGGCGAUUGAACGUGCCGUGACACUGUCUGCUGCGUCAUGA